CUCUCUCUCUCUCUCUCGAUAAGAUGCUUUCUCGAUCUAUUACUCGGUUCCGAUCCAACAUUGUCAUGACUACCAAACGUUAUGCUUCCAAUGAAUCUACUACCAGUGCUGGUGCCACUGCUUCUUCCAAGACUUUUAGUGAUAAGGAAAAGGCUGCUGAAAACCAAUGGGCCCGUGCUCACGAUAAAGAAAAGUUAAAGCUUCUUCGUGAAGAAUUGAAUAAGCAAAAGAAAGCUACUGAAGAUCUCGAAAAGAAAGUGAAUGAAUUAUCUGGCAAGCAUUAGGGACCAUGGUUUACACAUAAUAAUUUUUAUAGUUGUCUAGUAUAGUUUUUAUAUUGUUUUUGUUUUUGUUGUUUUUAAUCAAACUGAUCUUUUGAAAAUAUAAUAUAUAUAUUACUUAUGA